UUUAUCAUUAUUCUAUAAUAAGUACGAAAUUUGUUCACAAUAUUCCCCUUUUCAUAGCAACAAAGGAAAAAUCCACUCAAAUAUGCCAACGUCGAUAUAGAAUCUAAUAUACAAUCCAUAUUUAGAGUCUUUCGUGGCUUGUUAUUAUCCUAUUGAACUAAGUUCAUCCUCAGACUUAGCCAUUACUGACACUUUACCAAUUUUUAUUUAUUUUCUGUGUCUCUUUUCCCAGGAAGAAGAGAAAAAGAAAACCUAUGCGAGGAAACAAGUAGCCGAACAUAUCGAACUGUGAUGUUGAUGCUUUGCUUGUCCCAGACAGCAUAAAAAGACUCGUAGUGAAGUUUCUGCUAAUGCAACCAGCUGUCCUGGUUGUUUUCCCGGAAAGUUUCUAGCUUCUCGGAAUUUCGAAGCUGCAAGAGCUUUCUACACUUUGAAGCGGGAAUGGAGACUGGUAAAGGGGUUGUAGAGAAGAAUGGAACGAAAGAUGUCGUUUUGCAGAUAUCGGGUACGGAAGAAACCAUCAAUGGUUCUAAAGAAUCAAGCUCAGGAUCAACUUCAUACCCUGUUUCUCAGAAUUAUAGAAGUGGGCUUUCUCCGAAAGAGUCGAAAAGUUCAAAUCUUGAGCUAACGGAGCUUCAGAGCACGACAACAACGAUUAAGCCCCCGAGAGCUCCGAUAGCGAGGUCACCGUUUUCUAAGCCCAAGUCAAGACUAGUUGAGCCACCACCGCCUUAUCGUACUGAAGAGAAGGUUCCAUCAAAAUCGAAUACGAGUUCACCUCUUAGAAACUCACCUAAUUUAACAUCACCGAACAGAAAAAGCACAGCCACUACACCCAGAGAGUCUCAAAGAUCAGCUCCCAUUACUCCACGAACGCCUUUGAUCGGAGCACCAGACUCCGAGGAGGAUGAGGAUGACGAAGUUUAUCAGACAGCCAAUCUUAAAGUUAGGCAGGUGUACUCGAGUAAGAAACCAAAAGUGAGAGUAAUGCGUUUGAUUGAGUGGGUGUUGUUCAUUUGCAUAGUGGGGUUUUUAGUUGCAAGCUUAACUAUUCACAGACUGCAAAAGAAAUUCAUUUGGGGUUUGGAGUUAUGGAAAUGGUGUGUUCUGGUUUUGGUAGUCAUAUGCGGUAGACUGGUCACAGAGUGGUUUAUUAAUUUUUUAGUAUUUUUGAUUGAGAUGAACUAUCUGUUACAGAAGAAGGUUCUGUAUUUCGUUUAUGGGUUGAAGAAGAGUGUUCAGGUCUUCAUUUGGUUGAGUUUGAUACUUUUGACUUGGGGUUUGUUGUUCAAUCGAGGAGUGAAGCGAUCAAGAAAAACAAACAAGAUUCUAAAUCAUGUUACGAGGGCUUUAGCUUCUUUUCUGAUUGGAGCAGCUAUAUGGUUGGUGAAAAACCUUUUAGUAAAGUUGUUAUCGUCGUCCUUUCAGUGCACUCGAUUCUUUGAUCGGAUUCAAGAAUCGAUCUUUCAUCAGUAUGUUUUGAGGACCCUUUCUGGGCCUCCGUUGAUGGAGAUGGCAGAAAAGGUUGGCAGAACACCAAGUACAGGGCAAUUGAGUUUCAGAAAUUUGAAGAAGGAAAAAGGUGAGGAGAAACAAAUGGGGAAAGAAGAGGUGAUUGAUGUUGAAAAGCUUAAAAAGAUGAAGUCAGAGAAGGUCUCUGCUUGGACCAUGAAAGGGUUGAUUAAUGUGAUAAGGGUUACUGGCUUGUCAACCAUUUCCAAUACUUUGGAAGAUCACGAGGACGAAGAUGAGAAGCUGGACAAGGAGAUUGACAGUGAGUGGGAAGCGAAGGCGGCUGCUUAUCGGAUUUUUGAGAAUGUAGCCAAGUCUGGUAACAAGCACAUUGAUGAAGAAGACCUCUCACGAUUCCUUAAGAAAGAGGAGGUGGAUCUUAUAUUUCCUAUGUUUGAAGGAACUGGAGAACCUAAACAAAUCAGGAGAAAAUCUCUGAAGAAUUGGCUCGUGAAUGUCUACCUUGAACGCAAAUCACUUGCUCAUUCACUAAACGAUACCAAAACAGCUAUAGAGGAGCUAAAUAGGCUAACCUCUGCAAUUGUUGUUAUUGUGAUCAUUAUCGUGUGGUUCAUCUUGAUGGGAUAUUUAACGACACAAAUACUUGUUUUAAUUUCAUCCCAGCUUCUACUGAUUGUGUUUAUGUUUGGUAACACCGCCAAGACUGUGUUUGAAGCCAUCAUAUUUGUGUUUGUGAUGCACCCAUUUGAUGUAGGGGACCGUUGCGUUGUUGAUGGAGUACAGAUGGUUGUUGAAGAGAUGAACAUUUUGUCGACGGUUUUCUUGAGAUAUGAUAACGAGAAAAUCUUUUAUCCGAACUCAGUUCUGGCAACGAAGCCCAUCAGCAACUUCUACAGAAGUCCUGAAAUGGGCGAUGCUGUUGAAUUUGCUGUUGAUUUCUCUACGUCGAUUGAGACUAUUGGAGCUCUCAAAGAAAGAUUAAAAACGUACCUGGAGAGAAAACCUCAGCACUGGCGUCCUAGUCAUAGUGUGGUGGUUAAGGAUAUUCAAGAUGUGAACAAGAUGACAAUAGCUCUGUACGUUACUCAUACCAUAAAUUUUCAGAACUAUGGGGACAAGAGCAGCCGAAGAUCCGAUCUAGUAUUAGAAUUGAAGAGAAUAUUUGAAGAACUUGGCAUAAAAUACCGGCUGCUGCCUCAAGAAAUUCAAGCCAACUUUGUUGGUAACGCCACUGCUGCAGCACUGCAUUCCACAUGGCGAUGAUCUUAAAUCUUUUCCUCUGCAAGUGUGGAUGGAGGACAGCGUAGGUUAUUUUAUUUUAUUUUUUAAAUAUCCUCAUUCAUUUGUAUUAAUGUAGUUCAGAUCCACUGUCUUUUUGGUUGUUAAAUCAACAAAUUUUGUUGGGAUUUUGAAUGAAAAUUCAAGAGCAAUGUUGAUAGC